UAUACGUAGUCCAUUGAUGAGUCGCAUACAGAGAUCCCUAUAAAACAUGGCGGAUAGGUGAAGCAAACACAUUCCCGCCACAAACCGACGCGAGUGGGAUCAAAAUGGCUAGAAUCACAAGCUGUGCGGUUUUAGCGCUCUGCGUUUUAUUAAGCGCAUCUCAACCUGUGGAAAAGCUAUCUUUGCCAGUGUUGAAGCAACUCCCUUCUGAAGUGUUGUUCAGAGAUCACAAGGAACUAGUCCUGGAAUGCUCCGCUGAUGACGUGGGCGUCAAAUACACAUGGCAAAAGGAUGGCAAACCAUUCCCGGACCAACAAGCCAAGGUGGAACGCAAUGAAGGUACCCUCGUCUUUAAAGAUCCCACCAAAGCAGACGAAGGGGUAUACACCUGCAUUGCUAUAUCCUCACUGGGAGCCGCUACUUCUAGACCCGUCCACGUCAAGCGAGCGUACUUAGAAGAGCCAGAAGUAGCCGUGAAGGAGCACUCACCUGUAGAAGGCAAGACUUAUAAGUUGGAUUGCAAAAUACCCGAUUCCUACCCAAAACCAGAGAUUUCUUGGGUUCUGAAGACAGACAAGUCAAAGAAUAAUGUAAGAGGAGAGAGGUUCACAAUAUCCGAUGAAGGCGACCUAUACAUAUCUAGUGUGACGAAAGAAGACACGGGCGACACCGAGUAUGUGUGCGUGGCCAAGUCACCCGCUACUGACUCCGAGGUGGUGCUCGCCAAGCAUGUACUGAAGAGCGUGGUGCCCAGCAAGGAGGUAGAUCAUGAGAUGGUGCAGCAGUAUGUGACUAAGGACACCACAAUAAAGGCUGGAGAGAGUGUAUAUUUGUACUGCAUUUAUGGAGGAAAUCCCCUGGCGCACCCCGACUGGUUCAAGGACGGCAAGGACGUCAACAACGGUCCCAAGGACCGCGUGACGCGCCACAACCAGAGCGUGGGCAAGCGGCUCAUCAUCAAGGAAGUGUGGCUGGAGGACGCCGGCGAAUACUCCUGCAGCGUGGACAAUGAGAUCGGGAAGGUGCAGAAACACAGCUUCCACGUUAAAGUUGUCAGCGCCCCUAAGUUCAUCAAGAAAUCCGAACAGAAGUUGGUUGUGAAGCAAGGCGAUGACGUCACGUUACCAUGCCACGUACGCGCGGUUCCCGAAGCCAAGGUCUCGUGGACCUUCAACGGUUCCCGGCCUUCCAGGACCCAACCCGUCACAUCGACCCAGGGCAACGUGGUGGUGUCUGACUUCAUAAUCAAGAAUAUCCAGAAGAGUGACCAAGGAUACUAUGGCUGCAGAGCUGAAAACGAAUACGGCGACGAUUAUGUUGAAACACUACUGUAUGUGCAAUAAACUGUAAUAAUAACGGUUUGAAUCUUAAUUGUUUUUUAUCGAAAUAAACAUUUUAAAUGCAAUA